AAAUAGAGUGUGGUAUGGCGUAUAUCACAAAUAUAGCUUUAAUCAUUAAUGACGUGUAUUUUGCGUAUUUAACUUAUGGUUUUAGUUUAUUACAUUCGAAGCUAACGUCAUGUUAGCUUAUAGCAAAUGAAAAAGAAGACACAUGUUACGGAAUUUACUAUAUCCUGUUAGGUUAAUUAUUCAAUCUGAGGAGAGUGAUAUUUUAAGUUCAGAAGAUGUCAACGAAAGGCCAAAAGGCAAAGACCCACUAUACGACGGUUGAGAUGGCCCAUUGCAGGGUAUGCGGCCGGAAGUCCUCGGGGUACCACUUUGGUGUGGUGUCUUGUGAGGCUUGUAAGGCGUUUUACCGAAGAGCCAUUAGCCAGAACUCCCGGAUUUCCACAGUCUGUCGCAAGGGGAACAACCGAUGUUACGGUGACGUCAGGUCCAUAUCGGACUGUUCUGCGUGUAGACUCAACAAAUGCAAGGACUUGGGAAUGUCCAAGCGUAAUGUACGGAAAGGAAGGUUUUCGCAUGCACUUAGAACUCAGUCAAUACUGGCUGCUCAAAUGGAACAUGAUAAAGAUACUGAAAAUGCAGAACAUGGAGUGGAACAUCAGCAAUAUGAACCAGAAAACAAUCAAACAUUGGAGCUAGAUUGUGAAGAUAAUCGCAGUAAUAAUAUAACAUAUCAAAGAGAAACUGACUCGUCCAGCUUUCAUAGACAUAGUAACGCCAUUCAGUCACAACCCAAAGAUGACAUUGAAGAACACAAAGACAUGACAACGCCAACUGUAAAGAAUGUAAACCACGAAGACGUCACAGCAGCGAGUUUGUAUGAGACUACAGAUAGUUCUGACACUUCUAAUCGAAACAAAACUUCACACGAUAUGAUCAAGAUGCCACAACAAUCCUUCAGUGCUGAUGAUAUGUGUACGGACGUGCCUAUAGAUCUCUCUGUUCGAUCUCCCCAUGUAGAUGUAGAAGAUUUGGAAGUGUGUGAAACUAUACAGCGACUAGUCAACCUACAGGACAGCCUGUAUCCACACGCUGCAAAUGAUCCCAGUGUGCUGCUAGAGUUGGCGAUAAUCGAGGAAGAACACAGGCAGCGUGAGGAAGUGUUCAAGAUGAUGUUUGGUGAUACCUCGGAGCAUUCUGUCAGUGCUAAAGACUUCAACAUUGUGUACACAGAAACCAACAUGGAGCUUGAUGAUCGAUUAAAAGCUUUACGUAAAAAGGGCAUCGAGAAUGAGAAAAACAUCGUGAAAUACAUUCAACACUCUAAACAUAUACCAGGAUUUGACACCUUGGAGUUGGACGAUAUUCUUAACCUUCUAAAAGACUCCUACUUUGAGUUUUGGUUAUUCAGUAACCACGCCUACUUUAACGACCAGGUAUCCGGGGGCUCCGAUGCCGUUGUACAAGCCCAUAAGAAGGUGAUAAUGUCAUUAUUCCCCAAAGAUUAUGUGGAAUCGGUGUUCAAGUUUGCUGAGAGUCUACGGUCACUAGAGCUAACGUUGGAGGAGGUGGCGAUAAUACGGGGCAUCAUCCUCACCUUUACAGAUCGUCAAAAACUGAACCAUUCACACGCGGUGGAGAAACUUCAAGAGAAAUAUGUUGAAUGUCUGAUCCAUCACCUGAGCACAACACGUGACCAAUAUCUAUCACGGUUUUGCAGGAUAAUUGACAGACUGACCGAGGUCCGAAGUUUGACGUACAGGAACAGCUUUGUCAAUUCACAAGUGUUAAGUGACUGGCCUUUUAUUGCCAAGGAGUUCCCUCUUUGGAAGGAAAUAAUGUCAACACACAAGGACUAAAUUAAAACGAUUUGUAUCGGCUUGUUUAAACGGGUGAUUGUUUUAUGAAUAGUGAAAUGUCUAGCCUCGAUAUUUAAAGCUGCUAUCUCUCACAGCUUAAUAUUUGUUUUUAUCUUUUUGUCUCAGAAUCAGCUAAUUUGUGGAUCAAUGCCUUAGAUUCAGCCAUAUAAGAUAACUCACAACGGAAUAGAUUUCAAUAGUUCGAAAAGCAGCCGAAAAUUUCAAUUUUCUUGAAGCGCUAGUAACGCUUUUAGCCAAAAACAUAAGAUUUCGACCAUAACUAUGAAAAACUGCGAUUUAAUCUUUAGGCAUCCUUCUUAUUGCACUGGUUUCUAGACAUUUACGCAAAAAUAGCUGAUUCAAAGACAAGCAACAAAAACAGUUGUCAAAGCGGUCAAUCUGUGAGAGUGCAGCAUUAAAACAGCUAUAAGCAGAUAAGAAUCACUCUAAAAACCAAUACAGGCGCUUUUUUAGAAGGUCGUUAUAAAGUAUCUCUGGCCACGACCCCUUGGUGAAAGGCGGACAUCCAUACCACCAUUUAACACUGAUACUACUAGUAGUUUUCGACCAUUUUGUAUUGAAAUUGAUAUUUCUAAUAAAUGAUGCACCGGGAAUAGCAUUA